UGGUCAUUGAUUGUUGAGACUUGGGAUGUUGAUCUUGUCGCGUGGCUAAUUGACUCUUGGGAUAAACUCUGGUUGCCUGGAUUUAAUACACGACUGUUGGUGUAUCUACAUGAGUUGAUUCUCAACUACUUGACUACCUCACCACCCUCCUCCCAUCACCCCCGACAGACAGACAGACAGACAGACAGACAGACACGGACAAUCAACGCAUUGAUCGACCAACGCUACUACUGACAUCGUGCAACCCACUGAACUCCAACCACUCAGUCCGAUCCCACGCCUAUCCUUUCUUCCUCUGGCUCACUCGCCUCACUUACGCCCUCAAUUGCAAAGCUCAAAGACCUCCACCAAAAUGACCACCCCAAAAUACAACCUCCGCAACCCCCUCCCCCUCUCCGCCACCCAAGAAGCCGAAGUCAAGCAAAUAUACUACAAGCGCGUACGAGGCCACUGCGCCCCCGAGAUCAAGGCCUUCGCCGAAUGCGCCGUCAACCGCACGGUAACAGCCACCUGGGUGUGCCGGGAGCAGCGGCUGGCGAUGAACUCGUGCAUGCUGGCGCACGCCAAACCGGAGGAGGAGGACCGGGCGCGGGAGGAGUGGUUCGCGACGCACGAGGAGCGGCGGCGCGCCGAGCAGGCCAAGCUGGAUGCCGUCGAGGAGCGGCGCGCGCAGGUCAUCUCGAUGAUGCGGGCGGAUGAUGAGCGGAGGCGGCGGCAGGAGGAGGAGAAGUUGCGGCAGCAGCAGCAGCAGCAGAAGUAG